CGGUAGAUAACUGGUGCCUAUAAAUUGGCGAGCACAAAUCAAAGUAAAAUCACUUCAACCAAGCAACACUUCAACAACAGGACACAUCAUGGUGAAAUCUCUGGUCGUAGCUGCUAUCGUGGCCGUCGCGCUGUUCGGUGCGAUUCAAGCCUCGGAUUUGAUCCUGGGCACCAUUCUUCCCGGUGAUCGGGUGCUGCUUUCGCAGGGCUACGUCGCAGCCGGAGUACCCAAUCAGAUCGUGAGCCGUAACGUGAGCUACAACGGACUGUACAACAUUACUGCUAUUCGGGCCUACGAUCGAUCGGUGAACCGAACCGGAGCGGCAUACCUCACCAGCGGUGGCGUUGGACAGAGAAAUGUGACGAUUUUACUGCAAGGUCGAGUGUUGGGAGCAGGAUACGAUUAUUUGGUGGAAAUUUAUGGUCGAUAGGCGAUUACAAGUGAAUAACUUUUGUGUUAACGUUACUAUACAGUAAAUUAUUUGCCAAGUGUGAAAAAUAUGCAGAUUUGAACCAUGUCUCGAAAUAAAUGAUUGAUAUUUAUAUUUAUUGGCGCGUCGUGUUUAUUUACACGUUUUCAAAAAUAAGUAUUCAUCUAACUGUUGCAACGUAGCGAAAACCGAUUUCAAAGGUAGAACACUUUUUAUAACUUUCUUUACGAACAACUCAUGGAGAUUUAUUCAAAAGGGAAUUAUCCUUAAACUGAUAGUGUGACAUGUCUGUAUUGAUCUACCUGUGAAUUGUGCGUGAUCAAAGUUAUCCUUGUUCACCUUUGAAAUCGGUUUUCUUCAAUGUACGCUACUUUCAAUAUGAACAUGUUAUGCGUCUUGUUUUCUAAACUAACUUUUUUCAAAACCUAUCAGAGAACAAAAUUAA